AUGAAGUUCUCCAUGGUCCUCGGUACCUUGGGCACAUUGGCUGCGACCGUCUCAGCCGUCAAAGUGAACCCACUUCCCGCGCCCCGCAAUAUUACUUGGGGUUCGUCCGGCCCAAUCGCAGUGAAGGAACUCUCCUUCCGCACCAGUGAGAGCAGUGAUCACACUCGUGGCGUGCUUAUCGACGCCUGGGAACGCGCCUGGAGCACCAUCACCACUCUCCAAUGGGUUCCCGCCGCCACCGAAGCCCCAAUCGCAACGUACCCCCCUUUCCCAACUGGCGCAGGCUUGACAAAGCGCGGUGCCAAGGCCAUUCGGUCCGUUCAGCUUAACGUGGUCGAUCCCAAUGCCGAUCUGCAACAUGGUGUCGACGAGUCAUACACACUGGAGGUGACGGCAACUGCUGGAAGCGUCAAAAUCCAUGCACAGACUAUUUGGGGUGCGAUACACGCGUUCACCACUCUGCAGCAAAUCGUUAUCUCAGACGGCAAGGGUGGCCUUAUGAUUGAGCAACCCGUCCAUAUCCAAGAUGCGCCUCUCUACCCUUACCGAGGUAUCAUGAUUGACACUGGCCGCAACUUUAUUACCGUCCCCAAGAUCCUCGAACAGAUCGAUGGUAUGGCUCUUUCUAAGCUCAAUGUUCUACACUGGCACCUGGAUGAUGCUCAAUCAUGGCCCAUGCACAUGAAAACCUACCCUCAAAUGACAAAGGACGCGUUCUCGCCCCGUGAGACUUACUCUGCCGAUGAUAUGCGUGGGGUGAUUGCCUACGCUCGCACACGUGGCAUUCGUGUCAUCCCUGAGGUUGACAUGCCUGGCCACUCCGCCUCUGGCUGGCAACAGGUCGACCCCAACAUUGUCGCUUGCACAAAUUCCUGGUGGUCAAACGAUGUCUAUGAGUAUCACACCGCCGUGGAGCCUAACCCAGGCCAGCUGGACAUUAUCUAUAACGGGACCUAUGAAGUUGUCCGCAAUGUCUACAACGACCUCUCCGAUAUCUUCACUGAUAACUGGUUCCACACCGGUGCCGAUGAGCUGCAGCCUGGUUGUUACAACUUCAGCACCCAUGUCACUGAGUGGUUCCUCGAGGAUCCAUCGCGUACUUACAAUGACUUGGCCCAGUACUGGGUAGACCACGCCGUGCCCAUCUUCCGUGAUGCCGGUGAGAACCGUCGUAUCAUGAUGUGGGAGGACAUUGCUCUGUCCACUGAGGCCGCCCACGAUGUUCCCAAGGACAUUGUCCUGCAGUCCUGGAACAACGGGUUGACCAACAUCCAGAACCUCACUGCCAGAGGUUACGACGUUAUCGUCUCGUCCUCCGACUUCUUUUACCUUGACUGCGGUCGUGGAGGCUUCCUCGGCAACGACCCUCGCUACGAUGUCAUGUCCAACCCCGACGGCAGCGUAAACUUCAACUACGGCGGUAACGGUGGCUCCUGGUGCGCCCCGUACAAGACCUGGCAACGUAUCUAUGACUAUGACUUCACUACAAACCUCACCGCUACCCAAGCCAAGCAUAUCCUAGGUGCCGAGGCUCCUCUCUGGUCUGAACAAGUCGACGAUGUCACCAUCUCUAGCGAGAUGUGGCCCCGUGCUGCAGCUUUGGGUGAACUCGUCUGGUCUGGUAACCGUGACUCUGCUGGCCGCAAGCGCACUACCGAGCUCACCCAGCGUCUCCUGAACUUCCGUGAGUACCUCGUUGCGAACGGCGUUAUGGCCAGUGCAUUGCAGCCUAAGUACUGCCUGCAACAUCCGCAUGCUUGCGAUCUUUACUACAACCAAACCGCUAUCGUCUAA